AUGGCCGCAAACGACUACUACAGCGACACUCGCUACGAUGGCCCCGGCCAGUACUCCGGCGGCGACGAUUUCGGCAGCGCCGUGCAACACGCGCAGUCGCACCACAGCUCGGAGGAUAGCUCGCUCUUCAGCUCGGCGAUGAACUUCCUGAACGAGCGCAAGGGCGAGUACCAGGACCCGUCCCGGUACGAGGUCGAUGAGGAGCACGCCGUCCAGGCACACAAUGCCAUGUACAACGAGGGCAAUGAGCAGGGCCGCAGCCACGACUCUGGCACCGUUGGCGCUGGUGCGGCCAUGCAGGCGCUGAAGAUGUUUACCUCUGGAGGUAGCAGUGAUGGCGGUAUGGAUAAGAACAAGCUGAUUGGGUUGGCGAUGGCGCAGGCUGGCAAGCUGUGGGACCAGAAGGAGGGGGCUGGUGCUAAUAUGUCUGGCGACAAGCAGUCCGCUAUCAACAACGCUGCUGAGAUGGCUCUCAAGAUGUACAUGAAGGGCCAGGGUGGUAGCAUCGGUGGCACUGGUGGUCCCAGUGGGCUGAUGAGCCUGGCGAGCAAGUUUCUGUCCUAG